CAGUGAAGUGAACUCAUUGGACAUUGACUUAUUGAUUUAUAUAAUUAUAAAAUACCUGACCGUAGUAGCAACAUUUUACAUUUUUAUAAAACGUUUAUCAUUCAAAAUAAAUACAUAAUAAUAUAAUAUACAAUAUAACCACAUUAUCAACUACGGCGGUCUCAUGACUCAUAUCAGUCAUAUCUUCGGACGCAGAUUUUAAAUCAUAAUUCGUAAGAAAAAAUCUAUCAUUGCUCGUCAAUAUUACUAGUGAGUAGCGAAAUUUACAUCAAUAUUAAAUUAUUGAACUGAAUGACAUAGUAGUCAGACGUCGGACCUUAGACCUUUUGGUGAAACAAUCAUGGCCAUCAAACACUUGUCCAAAGAUUCCGUAGAACCUCCAAAGGAACCGGGUUCAUUACGCUUCUACUCGAUGCGGUUCUGUCCGUAUGCGCAGAGGGUCCAGCUGGUAUUGAAUGCCAAGGGCGUACUACACGACACGGUGUUCAUUAAUCUGUCAGACAAGCCAGAGUGGUUCUUGAAAAUUUUCCCCGCUGGMAAGGUUCCAGCUUUGGUUUAUGAUAACAAGUUCCUCUCUGAAAGUCUGCUGCUGGCAGAUUUCCUUGACGAACAGUAUCCUGAACCUCCUUUGCAUAAUAAUAGUCCUCUCCAGAAAAUUUUGGACAAGCUUGUCAUAGAGUCUUUUGGAAAAGUCGGUACAGCAUUUUAUAAGGUAAUGAUGACCACAAAAGAAAUAGAAAAAAAUAAUUUUGAUGAACUUGUUAAUAGUUUAAUUCCCAUUGAAACCGAACUAGCAGAAAGGGGAUCAACAUUUUUUGGAGGUAACAAGCCAAGUAUGGUUGACUAUAUGAUAUGGCCUUGGUUUGAGCGUUUAGAUGCUAUAAAUCCAUAUUCUCAUGGAACGUUUGUUAUUCCGUUUGAAAACAAAUUUCCCAGGCUGACAAAGUGGAAAUCCUUAAUGAUUGCUGAUAAGGCUGUAGCACCGUAUUACAUCACUCCAGAAAAGCACGCAGAACAUUUUACAAAAAGAAAGGCUGGAUUACCUGCAUAUGAUAUUAUCUAAAGCAAUCCUCUUAAUUUUCACCCUGACCCAUUGUUUUUUACUUAUUAGACAUUGCGAGUUAUUUACUAUUUUAAUUUUAAAUAAAUACAAUUCUUUUGUGAUAUUGCAUAUUGGAAUAGAUGACUCUUGUUGAAAUUACUUUAAUGUAAUCAAUUACUAAAAGAAAUAGUAAUGAUUCAUUAUAACUUUAAAAUGGUGGUAGUACUUUUAUUCUUUUUUUUUUAAAUACAAUUUGACACUUGUACUUAAAA